CUCUCCUAGAUAUUUUUAUUUUUCUUUAAUAGAUGUUUCACUGACCGCACAGAAGAGGAUAUAUUGUGUGUAGCAGUAGUACUAUCUCCUAGGUUCCGUAGAGUGGCAAAACAAUUCAUUAUUGUAAUAUUGUUGGAGAUGUAAAAUUGAUCCUGGAUUCAUCAAUUGAUGUAACUAAACAAUUAACCUUUUUAUCAAAGCAAUUCAGUUCUCUAUUACCUCAAAUGAUUUGACUCGAUCCACCAUUAGUCAAAAUAAGACAUGGAAAAGAAGAACUGCAUGCUCAUGGGCCAUUCUAUCUAUUAACCAAAACGUCUGAUAUAACUUGCCAAUUCAGUUAGUUUUCUUCCUGACCAUUUCAUUAUGACUUGCAGGCUUUAACAAUCAGCUUGAUUGACAAUGGAAGGGCAACGAUACUGGACAAACAUGGUGGAGGGCAACGAUGACCUGCCUUUUGAUGACUUCAGUAGCCCACCUGAGGAGCAGCAAUCGCCUGUCAUUAAUAAUACUCCAUCAGCAAGACCAAACCAGAAAAGAUCAAAAAACUUUAAUGAGCAGGAGGAUCAAUUGCUUGUUUCUGCAUGGUUGAACAUUAGUACAGAUCCCAUACAAGGCACCAAUCAAACUAAAGGAUCAUUCUGGACAAGAGUUUAUGACUACUACCACUCAAAUAAGGAAUUCAUGUCAGAUCGCAGUCAGAGCUCACUUUUGCAUUGAUGGAAAGGUAUUCUAGAGAAUGUCAACAAGUUUUUUGUGGAUGUGUAACUCGGAUUGAGGGUAGAAAUCAGAAUGGGGUUACAAUUCAAGACAAGCUUGUACAGGCAUUGGCUUUGUUCAAGGCUGAAGACAAGGAGAAUAAGUCAUUCCAAUUCUUGCACUGCUGGAAUACCUUGCGAAAUCAACCAAAGUGGCAUGAGAAGCGGAAGCAAAUGGCAUCUCAGAAGCAACUUGGUAACAAAAAACAGAAGGCAAACAUGGAUUCAAGCCCAAGGACAUCCACUCCCAUCAAUGUUGAUAGUAACCACAAUGCUGUCACUGAUAAUGCACCUCCAGAGAACGAUCAGCGCAAGAGACCAAUGGGUAAGAAGAAGGCUAAAGAAGCAUCGCGGCGAGGUGGAGGUGAGGCUUGUGUGGAGGCUUUAGACCAUUUGUGGGGCAAAAAGAGAGAGUGAUGCAGAGAAAGAACAGAAGAAAGAAGAGAGAUACAACCAGUCAUGUGCACUAGAUAGAGAGGCUUGAGCUAGAGAAAAGAAGGGUUCAAGCUGAAGAAGUGAGGGCUGCAAAUGAGGCAAAAAAAUCUCGAGAUAAAGGAACAUGAAUUAGAACACAAGGAAAAUGAACUACAGCACAAAAGAAUGUUAGGGCCGUGUUUAGUUGCCGUCUGUAAAGUUUUUGAAAUAGCAUCUUUCUACAUUUAAA